AAAAAUAAGCCAAUCAAGAUGGCGCCCCUGAUUGAAGACGACGAUAUUCCGCAGCUCUCAGGCGACGCCUUAGCCGCCCUGCAGCAGUUCUACGGCGAGCGGGAUGAACGCGCAAAGCAAUUCCAAGAGCUGAAAGCCAAGGCUGAAGAUGACUUUGAAGGAAAGCUGUCCAUGGAGGCGUUUACAGAGGACUGGAACGCGAGUCAGUUCUGGUACAGCGACGAGACGGCCACGGUCCUUGCAAAGCAGCUUCUGGAUGGCGCCACAGACGAGACGAGGAUAGCGGUUGUGUCUGCACCCAGCGCUUUUAUACAACUGAAGAACUUAAUUAAUUCAGGCGAAGUCAAGUGUCGGCCACAGAUCAAAUUGCUCGAAUUCGACGACCGCUUUGCAGUUUUCAAAGAGUUUGUCCCGUACGACUUUGAGAAGACGUUCCAGCUGCCACCUGAGCUCAAAGGCAGCUUUGAUGCUAUCAUCUGCGACCCACCAUUCUUGAGUCAAGACUGCCAGACUAAAGCUGCUCUGACUGUACGAUGGCUGGCCAAGUCGUGGACACAAGAGUCGCUGCGUCUCAUUGUCUGCACUGGAGAGCGCAUGGAAAGCCUAGUUACCGAGAAGCUCUACGGAAAAGCCGGAGUCAAGACUACGGAUUAUGAGAUUAUGCACACCAAAGGACUGAGCAACGAGUUCCGGUGCUAUGCCAACUUUGAGUGCGAGGCGUGGAAGUGGAAUUCAUUAUGACAUGCAGAGAUACCAGAGUUUGAAAUCAUGGCAAUUGAAUAUCUC